AGGGAUAGCACAUUGUACAUGCACACUGCAGGCUCAGCAAGGAAUUGCGACAACAGCAGCUCUCUCCCUCUCUCUCAUGCUCUUGCUCUCUCCACCUCUACCAGACGAGACUCCUCCUCUCCAUCUCUCUGUGACUCCCUCUCUCUUGCAUAUGAUCUGCUCUUCACUUCCCAGCUGAAGCAGGAGAUAACAGCAGGAUACACACAGUGAGCACAAAGGAAGAACCGGAGAAGAAAAGGACGAUACAGCUGCGCGGCCCGUAGAUCGGAAGAACACCGUUUCCUGUGACUUCAGUGAGAGCGUCUGAGGCCGGCCAUAGCAGCGAGCUACCGUGAGCUAAAGCUUCUGCCUGGCUGUGACAUCCAGAGAUGAGUCGAAGGGAGGCUCUGGUGGGGAACCCUGCGCCCAGCGCGGCGCCUGAGGUUCCGGGCAACAGCACAGAGGCGUCAGGGCCCGGUCCCCGUGAGACCAAAGAUGAGAUGUUCUCCAAAGUCAAAGACAAGUUCAUGAAUGAACUGCACAAAAUCCCACUGCCAUCAUGGGCCAUCGUCGCCAUUGCGUUCGUCGCUGUUGUACUAGUUGUUUCCUGCUGCUUCUGUGUCUGCAAAAAGUGGAUCUUCAAGAAGAAGAACAAGAAAAAGGGAAAAGACAAAGGCAAGAAUGCCAUCAACAUGAAGGACGUCAAAGACGGUAUCAAAACCGAGGCCUUUAAGGAUGAGGAUGAUGCUGAAACAGGGCUGACGGAUACAGAAAAAGAGGUGGAGCCAAAGGAGGACGAGAAACUUGGCAAAUUACAGUACUCCCUGGAUUACAAUUUCACAGAGAAUACGCUCAUAGUGGGGAUCAUUCAAGCAGCAGAGCUGCCCGCCAUGGAUAUGGGUGGCACAUCUGACCCAUACGUAAAGGUCUACCUUCUUCCAGACAAGAAGAAGAAAUUUGAGACCAAGGUCCACCGGAAGACACUGAACCCCGUUUUCAACGAGCAGUUCACCUUUAAGGUUCCAUACACUGAGCUGGGAGGAAAAACUCUGGUGAUGACAGUAUAUGAUUUCGAUCGCUUCUCUAAACACGAUGCUAUUGGAGACGUGAAGGUGACCAUGAAUAAAGUGGAUUUCAGUCAUGUGACUGAGGAAUGGAGGGACCUCCAAAGCGCUGAGAAAGAAGAGCAAGAGAAGCUAGGCGACAUCUGUUUUUCUCUACGGUACGUGCCGACUGCUGGCAAACUGACCGUGGUCGUUCUGGAGGCCAAAAACCUUAAGAAGAUGGAUGUUGGUGGCCUGUCAGAUCCCUACGUGAAGAUCCACCUGAUGCAGAACGGCAAGCGGCUGAAGAAGAAGAAAACGACAAUCAAAAAGAACACCCUCAACCCUUACUACAACGAGUCUUUCAGUUUCGAAGUGCCAUUCGAACAAAUCCAGAAAGUUCAAGUUGUUAUAACUGUUCUGGACUAUGACAAGAUUGGCAAGAACGAUGCCAUCGGCAAAGUGUUUGUGGGCUUAAACAGCUCAGGCACCGAGCUCCGUCAUUGGUCAGAUAUGCUGGCCAAUCCAAGGAGACCCAUCGCUCAAUGGCACGUGCUGAAGCCAGAAGAGGAAGUGGAUGCCCAGCUGUCUGCUCAGAAAAAAUAGACCCCCCCUCCAAACCUAUCCGUGUAGUGCUCUUUACCCAGUGCGUGUAAAUACCUCAGUGAUAAAAGGAUUCAUGCACCCUCACUUUUAAUUACAAAUCCGCCUUUUCGGUAUUUGGACGAGCCCCAUCCCCUCAAGAUGUCGUGCUGUUUUGUCGGUCCAUCAAUAAACUUUUCCCUCUCCGUUAUUGUUUCACUUCCAUCCACGACCUUAAAAUGCCCAACCAAAUGCCCCCUUCUUUUAAGCAAUAUGAUCUGUAUAGAUAGCGCAUGACUGGAGGAACUUAUUGUACCACAUGUGUAUAUAUCAGUAUGCAGACGAAACUGAUUUCUAGUUUGUGUGUUUGUACGUUGUUACCCGUUUCCUAAUCUGUGUAUAUCUCGAUGUUUUUAAUAAGAUGUUCUAUUUUAAAUUAUGUAAAUGGAGACAUAGAAGAGCCAAUAUUAUAUAUAUCUAACAGGAUUUAAGAAUUUUACCUUAUUGCAUUCCACUUAAAUAUGCGAUAUAUAUAUAUAUAUCUAUAUACAUAAAUAUUUACGAGUUAAAGAAUUUCAACCUGCAAGAUGCUAGUGGAGGUAAACUCACUUCGUGAAGGACGGUUUUACGCUUCGUGUUUACUUAGGGGAAAAAAGCAUUACCGAUAUAACGUAUAUACAACAUAAAAUACACGCAAAACACACAAGGCCAUUAACUAAUAUGGUUUCUAAAUAUAAUAUGCUGCUGGAAAUUAAACAAGCACAUGAUUUCGUAAAAACUUUUUGUACUAAAAUCGAGGACCUGUGCGCUUUGCUACUUUAUUCCAACAAUUUGUUACUUGACGAAAACCAAUCAGCCUUUUAAUUUGUAUUUUUCUUUUCACGCCAGCAGACCUACAUAUGCUGAUGCUGUUAAGUUUAAGUGAAACGGGUCCCCAGUUUGCUUCUUCAGUUUGAUUUAACUUCCUAAACCGAUUUGUCUCCUGAAAACUGACCAUUUAUGGACCAGUCAAAAGCUGUAGCCGUUGUGUCCUUGAAGCUUGUUUAACAAUGUUUCGUGCUUACUUUCACUUCACUUCUGUUUGAGGAUUUAUGGUUCAGCCUCCAAAAAUGAAAACCAGUCUAGCUUUAAGACUACUAUUUUUUAGAUUAAGUCGACGUCUGAAUAUUUUUGGUAACUGCAUGAUUUUUUUAACAAUCUUUGCUAAAGGCUGGGUAACGGGUAGGAGUUUUAUUUACACCGGGGCGUCUGUUUCAGAAGACGUCCUUGCCUUCAAUCAAAAGGUUCAAUCAAACGUUGAGGGAAGUGGUCGGUCCGACGUUGAUGGAGGAGCUUUUAAACACUGCCAUUUUUUUCAGGGAGGUACCAAAUGUACAUGAGCCCUCCCUCCAUGCACACUCCACUUAGUUAAUAGUGGUUGUAGCUUUGGUUCAUCGAGGAACUAUGUAUUUUGGCCACAAUGGUGCCCUAAACAGCAGUCUUUGCUUUUUGUUGCCUUCAAACAGUGACAAUAGAGUUAGCCAUGCUUAACUGCCAAUCCUUUUCCCCCCGUGGCUACUGUUUUGCACUGUACCAUCUCUAAAACGACAAUGUGUUGACUUUGUCUAGGACACCGGGUCGGAAACUGAGCUCAGCUUGCACAGUUUAUUCAAUCGGAAGCAACGAAGGCUGCCGACCAGUUUCGACGUCUUGGCCAAAUCUUUAACAAUAACCGUAAAAGUUAAUGGUCUGCACAGGUGAUUACGUUACAUUCUAAUGUCCUUUACUACGGGUCUAACAAGAGGCUAAAGAGAAGUUUAGUCCAUUAAAACCAUGAGUUAUCUUGGAGGAACCUCUUGUGUACACUAGAUGCUAGCUUGAGGAGUUACUACUGUAAGUGUUUUCAAUGUUACUAUGUAGGUGAUAGCGCUGUUACGUAAAAAGAAAAAGAAGAAAAAAGCUAUUCGUCAUUCCAUAGGAGUCUCUAAAGACUGCUUCGUGUCUCACUGUGACUGCGGUGUGUGCUUAGCGUUGUAGUUCUCAGUAGGUAGCGGCCACCUUGUACUAUAGUGACGUUGUGCUACCAUUCCUACCAUUACUAUUACAAAAGCAAGAGUGCGAAUGAUUUAACGAAAGCACGUCAGUCAAGCAGCAAGAAGAUUCCUGGGGCGUGCGGGUCGAUUCACACAGCGUUUUGUCGAGCACUGUGCAAUAUUUGUAUGUUCAUUCUUUAGUGUUGAAACAACAGUGGGGGAUAAAAAAAGAAAAAUACGCAAACCCUAUUUUCGGUAAAUCGUGUUCCAUUUUAGUCUAGUUACUACUGUAGGUCACAAGCACAUGAUGUGUAGUUUGGAGCUCAAGAUUAAGGAUUCCUCCGUUUCUUUUCCCCAUUGAAUUUUCCCGCACACAGAUCCAACCAUUCAAAUAUUCGGGUUAACAUAUAGGUCGUAACCCAGAUGAUUUAUAUAUAUAUACAGCAUAUAAAUAUAUAAAUAUAAAAAUCAGUACCCAUCCAAAAUAGGUGUAUAUAUUUUUAUAUUUGUCUUCAUUUCCUCAUUAUUGAGAAUCGUAUCUUGUUAUUGAAACUUCUAUGUUGUACUAUGAAUAUGAUUGGCUGUACCAUUUUGUUACCAUGACUAUUAUCUGGUUAUUGUUCCUUUAGUGCCCUAUCGACCACUAUCAUUUUAUAUUUAUUAUGGAAAUCAGAAUGUACAGUACGGACUGUGUGUUUCGUUUAAACUUUUUAUCGUGGGACCAAGUAUAGUUGGCACUUUCAUUUCAAUGUCGCAAUAAAUAUUGAUUCAUGUGUUGCUGAACAUGAUUUCUUACCCUGACUCCAAAACAUCUUUGACGUAUAAUCGCAACUACGGUACGAAUUAUUACUCGACUAAAACGACUCCUAUGUUAACUUACGUACUCUCAUUUAUAUCAGUAUCUAUAUUAUUAUACAAGGAUAAAAUGGAGUUUAUAAAUGUAACAAUCAUAUACGGUAAUAUCAUAUAGCAAAAAGGGUAUAAUUAAUAUAAUUUUAGAUGUCUACCCAUAAUAAAAAAAAAAACUAUGAGUACUGGAUGUAAAGUUAAAGACGGCAUUGCUUGCACUUUAGAGGUUUGUAAAGUAGUACGAAAAGCCAUUUUAGCCCCGCGAAGCAAUGCUGUCUUUUUCCGAAGCUUACCAAAGCACGCAAACAAACAGUUCUGACAAAUGCACCCAAUACUGUAACGAACCAUACUCUACGACGACAAAAAGCCACACUUAACCUGUGUAAAGAAUUAGAAUCGGAUGCUGUAGGGAAAUCCUAGUUGCCUUUGUGUAUAUCAACUGCCUGCUUGAGUAUUUUUCUGUGUGUGGAAAUUUUCUCUGUAAUCUUGUAGAACUGUUCGGGGUGUUUUUUCCUGCCAUACAGCUGGCUCGAGCGGCGAGCUGACAGUUAUAUUGCUGUGUAUACCUUCAUUUUUGAUGAGGUGUUUUACAAUUUUGUUUCACUUUGUGUAGUGAUUCACUCUGUGGAGUUUCUGACUGUUGUUAUAUAACUUCAUAUACACAAAUGUUCAAUAAAAAUGUUUUAUUUCCUGUU